GAAACGGCUCCUUGAGGCCUGGCCCAUCCUAGGCUUCGAGGUCGGCGGCGGCUCCGACGCGAUUUCCUAGGAUUCGAACCCAAAAUCGAAAUUGGCUGCAAGGAGAAGGGGAGAAGAGGACAGCUUUUGGAUUUUGUCAUCCCGAAUCUGGACCUCAACCUUCAGGCAUCAUCUUAUCGAAUCAUGGGGCUGCCGGCGCUCCAGCGGCUCAUGUCCAUGCAGCGGGAUCGGCGUCACCGGCAAAUCCAACCCCGUAAUGGAUUGAUUGCUUCAUUGGACAAAAGGAAAGAGCUGACCUGCCUACAAGAAGAUAAACCUCCGGGUGGGAAAAAAUUGAGACGUCUUGGACCAAGCCUUCCAGAGGAAAUCUGGGGUCAUAUACAUUCUCUGCUGUCACUGCGAGAUGCUGCACGUGCUGCCUGCGUGUCUCACACAUUUCUACGGUCUUGGAGAUGCCAUCCCAAUCUUACCUUCAGGUUGGAAACACUGGUUGAUGAAAACCAGUACAGAGAGAAUAAAAUAUCAGAUGAAAUAUCGAUUGAUCUUAUCACGAAAAUUGACCACAUUCUGAAAAACCACUCAGGCAUUGGUGUCAAGGCACUCAAGCUUGAAAUACAUGAUGUUGCUAAUAUCAGCACCUCUUAUCUUAAUAAUUGGCUUGGUCUUGGUGUUAGGCCAGGGAUUGAAGAACUUGCACUUUCACUUCAUUAUGACGUAGAGUACAACUUCCCGUGUUCAAUUUUACUUGGUGGGAGUGCAAACUCAAUUCGGAAUCUCAAUCUCAGCUGUUGUGUAUUCCGUCCCAUGGCUGGAUUUAGUUGCUUAAGAAGCCUGACUAGUCUGGAAUUGUAUGAAGUGCAUAUUACAGGGGAUGAGUUAUCGUGCCUGCUUUCCAGUUCUUUUGCUUUGGAGGAAUUGAUAAUCAUGGAUUGCGAUGAGAUAAUUUCCCUGAAUAUACCUUACUUGCUGCAGAGGCUUAACCGUUUGGUCCUGUGUGAGUGUGAAAAUCUGGAAGUUGUAAAGAGCAAAGCUCCAAAUCUCUCCUAUUUUCAAUACACCGGUGGUGUAGUAGAACUUUCAUUUGGAGAUACAGUGCGAGACCUUAAUAUUCUAGGUUCGUGUUGGAAUCUUGUUCAUUAUGCUCGUGCUACGCUUCCACAGAUGGUCCCAAAUCUUGAAGCUCUUGACAUAACUUCAUCGUUGGUGGGAGAUAUACCGGUAUUACCUGACAAAUUCCUCCACCUCAAGCACUUGUGUAUUUCUUUUAUGGUAUCAUCAGGGUCUUUUUGCCCAGGCUAUGAUUAUUUAUCUCUAGUUUUUUUUCUUGAUGCGUGUCCUUCCUUGGAGACUUUCACGUUGUGUGUAACGCAAGAUAGGAUGGAGCAUGAUUCAGUUUUGGGUGAUUCCUCGCAUCUAAGGCAGAUGCCUGGACACUGCCAUGGCAACAUCAAGGAGGUGCAGAUCAUUGGUUUCUGCUCUGCCAAGAGCAUGGUUGAGCUAACAUGCCAUAUUCUUGGGAAUGCGGUGUCACUACAGUACCUUACGUUGGACACUGUCUGUUAUGAUAUGAGGUGUUCUGACAGCAAAACUAGUACAUGCAUCGGUGUGAAUAAACAUAUGAUCGUGGAAGCGCAUAAAACGCUCUUGGCUGUGAAAAGAUACAUCUUAGAGAAAGUUCCCUCUACUGUUGAGUUGAAAAUUGUGGAGCCUUGCCGUCGGUGUAAAGCUGUUAAAACUUAGAUACCAAGUUAUCAUGAUUUUUUUUAUUUUUAAUUAUGUAGUAUUACAUGGUCGUUUCAUUAAUAUAUCCUAACUGUCUGUUGUGCAGUUCUUAUUC